ACCACUCAAGGCCUUGCACAUCUCAAAGUUCUAAGAGUGAAAGAAAGAAACAAAGGAAACCCAUCUCAUUUUCUUCUUCUCCUUCUUCUCCUAGCUUCCUCUUUUCAGUUCAACCUAGAACAGAAUGAGGCUUGAUUUGCUAGUCUUUCUCAUGCUCUUUCUUCUUGUAGAGGUUCAAGGUAUUAGAGUACUGCAACAAGAGUUCUCAUCAGCUGGUCAUCAGAUAUUCCAUGAAGAAAAUGAAAGAAGUUUGAAAAAAGAAAGUGAUGGUGUUGGAAAGGCUGUUGCUGUUCUUUGCAGAGAUGGGCACUGUUCAGGAAGAAGCAGAAAACUUAUUGAGAACUCCUCUACCUCUUCAACCUCUACAUAUUCAAAGAGUGUGAAGAACAGUGGAGGAGGGACCAAAAUGGAACCCACACCAAAGCAUGGCCACCUACUGAGCGAUGAGGGAUUGGAUGGUACUAAUAAGGAGAACUUCUCAGUUGAAUCAUCGCCAGCGGCUUCUGGACAAGGGAAGAUGGCUCCAGAGCACCACCCAGAUAUUAUAGACAUAACAAGGAUGGAUUAUUCUCCAGCAAAGAGAAAGCCUCCUAUUCACAACUGAAGAGUGUACUCGGUGGGUAAUAAAAACAAAGAAUAUCAAAAACUGGGUUUCAGAAGAGGGAAAAAAAGGGAAUAGAAAGUAAGGCAGUAUUGCAGGAAAUGCUGCAGUUUUUUAGGGUUAGGGUAUAUUAAUCUUGUAUAUAGUACUAUAUUAAGUUAUUCAUAUAUAAUUUUGAUGAUUGUGUACAUGAUAAUUAUACUAAGCCCUUAUGGGUUCAGUAAGCUUUGUAACCUCUAUUAAUAGUUACAUAUAUGGAAGGUGCCAAAAUAAGUAAUUUAAUGCCUUUGAAUUGUUUGUUUCA